GGGCCUGGCCGGGAGGCGCCGCCAUGGAGCCGGGCCCGUGGGAAGAGCCCGGGCCGGCGAGGGCGCCUGGGCCGGGCCGGGGAGGGGCGGCGGCACAGAGCGUGGCCGGCGAGGAGGUGCGCGCCGGGCGGCGGGCUCCGUGCGUGCUGAGCCUCGGCCAGCGGCACGGCCGCUACGAGGUAAUUAUCCAUUCACAAGAGAAAGAAUAUGGUGAUCCAGAUUAUAUUCCCAUCAACAGCCGCUUUAAAUGUGUACAAGAGGCAGAAGAGACUCUACUGAUAGAUAUAGCAACAAACACAGGCUGUAAGAUCCGGAUACAAGGUGACAAGACAGAUGAACGGCUCUUUGAAAUCCCUGAUGAGGAGCGUUGCUUGGGCUUCCUUUCAGAAAUACAGAGCAUACAGGAAGCCCACUUGAAAGCUUCUCCUCUUGAAAAUAAGGACCCAGCCAGCUGGCAUCAGGUGAAGAACCUUGCAGGCCUGCCACAGACUUCUGUUCCAGGAGCUCUGGGGUUUGAGGAUGACUUCAGUACUAUAAGCCUGGAGAAGAAAAGAAACAUACAAAACCACCAAAUUGGAUCUCGUCGGGAACCUCCACCUCCUCCUGUGCCUCAAAAUAGGCAAUUUCAGCGAGAGAGAGAAGGUGCAUCAAGGGACCAGCCAAAAGUAACGAACACUAUGCGCAAAAUAUUUUUGCCAAACACCCAGUCAGGACAAAGAGAAGGUCUCAUUAAGCACGUGCUUGCCAAGAGAGAGAAGGAGUAUGUUAACCUUCACAACUUCAGAUUUUUUGUGGGGACAUGGAAUGUGAAUGGGCAGUCUCCAGACAGCAGCUUGGAGCCCUGGCUUGUGUGUGACAUGGAGCCUCCAGACUUCUAUUGCAUCGGGUUCCAGGAGCUGGACCUCAGCACGGAGGCUUUUUUCUACUUUGAUUCUGCAAAAGAGCAGGAAUGGCUGGCUGCUGUGGAGAAGUCCUUGCACCCUCAAGCUAAAUAUAAGAAAGUGCAAAUGGUCCGUCUAGUUGGGAUGAUGCUACUUGUAUUUGCUAAGAAGGAUCAGCUGACUAAUAUCAGAGAUGUCAUGAUAGAGUCUGUGGGCACUGGAAUCAUAGGAAAGAUGGGUAACAAGGGUGGUGUGGCUGUGAGGUUUGUGUUCCACAACACGACGUUCUGCAUUGUCAAUUCCCACUUAGCUGCUCACGUGGAAGACUUUGAACGGCGAAAUCAGGAUUAUAAGGAUAUCUGUGCUCGAAUGACUUUUGUAACCCCUGAUGACAGUCUACCUCAGCUCAACAUCAUGAAACAUGAUGUUGUCAUCUGGUUAGGAGACUUGAACUACAGGCUUUGUCUCCCUGACGCCGGUGAGGUGAAAAGUCUGAUCAGUAAGAAUGAGCUUCAGAAAUUGUUGACAUAUGACCAGUUGAAUAUUCAGCGUACUCAUAAGAAAGCAUUUGCUGAUUUCACCGAGGGAGAGAUUAAAUUCAUUCCCACAUAUAAAUAUGACUCUAAAACGGAUCGUUGGGAUUCCAGUGGAAAGUGUCGUGUGCCAGCAUGGUGUGAUCGAAUCCUCUGGAGAGGGGGGAACAUAAAUCAGCUCCGGUAUCGCAGUCAUAUGGACCUGAAGACUAGUGAUCACAAGCCAGUCAGCGCACUUUUUCGCAUUGGGGUAAAGGUUGUGGAUGAGCAGAGAUAUCGGAAGGUGUUUGAAGACAUAGUUCGUAUGAUGGACAGAAUGGAGAAUGAUUUCCUUCCUUCGCUGGAGCUAAGCAGGAGAGAAUUUGAGUUUGAGAAUGUGAAGUUCCGGCAGCUGCAGAAGCAGAAGUUCCAGAUUACCAAUAACGGGCAGGUCACCUGUCACUUCUCCUUCAUCCCAAAGCUCAAUGAUAGCCAGUACUGUAAGCCGUGGCUUCGAGCUGAGCCUUGUGAAGGUUACUUGGAGCCAAAUGAGAGUGUGGACAUCUCCCUGGACGUGUAUGUCAGUAAGGACUCAGUGACCCUUCUGAACUCGGGUGAGGAUAAAAUUGAGGAUAUUCUUGUCCUUCAUCUGGACCGAGGAAAGGACUAUUUUCUCACCAUCAGCGGGAGCUACCUGCCCAGCUGCUUUGGCACGUCCCUGGAGGCUCUGUGCCGAAUGAGACGACCAAUCCGAGAAGUUCCAGUCACUAAGCUCAUUGACCUGGGAGAAGACAGCUUCUUAGAAAAGGAGAAAUGUGUUCUGCAGAUGGGUUCCCUGGACAGCGAGGAUGCAAGUGAGAUGCCACUGCAGGUGCCAAAGGAAAUCUGGCUCUUGGUGGACCACUUGUUCAAGAAUGCCUGCCACCAGGAGGACCUGUUCCAGACUCCAGGUAUGCAGGAGGAACUGCAGCAGAUCAUCGACUGCCUGGACACCAGUAUCCCUGAGACAAUCCCGGGCAGUAACCAUUCUGUGGCUGAAGCACUCCUCAUCUUCCUGGAGGCUCUGCCAGAGCCAGUGAUCUGCUACGAGCUAUAUCAGCGAUGCCUCGACUGUUCACAUGACAGCCGACUGUGCCGACAGGUGAUUUCUCAGCUGCCUCGUUGCCAUCGUAGUGUGUUUCGGUACCUAAUGUCAUUUCUCCGGGAGCUCCUCAAAUAUUCAGAAGACAACAAUGUCAGUGCCAACAUGAUUGCCACCCUGUUCACCAGCCUUCUCCUGCGGCCUCCACCCAAUCUGAUGGCAAAACAGACUCAGCAAGACCGCCAGCGUGCAAUCAACUUCCUCUUCGGCUUCCUGCUUGCAGGGGAUGAGGAGUGACCCCUGCAUCUGUGCCAAAGCUGGGGCCCUGCUCUUUAGGCCCUGUGCUGAGGCCAGGCCUCUGAUGGUUCCCGAAGGUUGGAAGGCUCUAGGCUACUCAGUGCUGUGUUUACAGUUGGAAGGAAGCAUUCUCCUCUCCUUCCCACUGCUGUACCCUACACUGCAGAGGACCUGCACGCUCAUUGCACUGCCAUCCAAGUCAGGAGCCUUCUGCUUUCUCCUUAGGAUCUAGGUGGCUUUUCUGGUGCCCAAGCACUGUGCCAGCAGCCUGGCCUUCCCUUUGCAGUGCCACCAGUUCCCUUUAGCCAUGCUUCUCUCUCUUUUCCUCCAUGAUGUUUCUGGAGUCAUUGCUGGGAAGGGUAGAGACUGCAGAUGCCCUUUGAGUACUGUGGCAAAGCUGGCUGGUGCUCAGCCUACAUGCUCUGGUGCUGCGUGGGUGAGGCAUACAUACUGGUAUGUACUGGUGUUACUGGUCAGCACCCUGCACUCUGUCGUAGGCUAGCAUUGGUCUUAUGUCACCCUCUGCCUUGAAGCAGACCAGGCUCACUCUGUUACCCCUCCACUGUGCUACAAAGACAGGACGAUGGCUGUACCAGGAGGGUUAUCUGGAUGUUUGGCAUCUUCCCUCCCCUCCAGCAGUGCAUUAUCCUCCUCCUUUGGUUUUGAUUUGUAAGGCUCUGGCACUCAGGCUUUCUCCCCCUCUGGCUUUCUGGCACUGGCAUGUAGGUCUUGCUCCCUUCUCCCUUCCCUUUUGCCCUAGCUUUGCUCUGGGACAUCUGGGUUUGUGGCUGGCUGUUGGGGGAUCCUGGUUCAGGCAGUGCUGUUACACUCAGCUUCUCUAGGACUGUCUCCGUGUGCUGGCACGGAGUAGGAUGCAUAGAAGAGGAUGCAGGUCAUGUCCCUCCCAGCUCUGCUUGAUGAGCCUCAGGUGAUUAAGGUGGUAAUGGGUGCUGUCCUCCUCUCUGAGGUGCUGCAAGGAGCAAGUGGGGUGAAAGGAGCCAUGAAUUCACCUCAGGGCUGAGGUGGAGGCCAGUGGUCAUAUAGGGAGCUAACAUGUGGGGUGUUUCUAGUGCUGGGGUCAGGCAGAGCUAGGGGGGAGGGCACUCCUUGGGGCUGGGCACUGAUGGAUGCAAGGAGGGAGGCUUGUCCUUACCAAAACACUAAGCAGAGACCUGCCAACUUGGGCCACAGGCCCAGACAGGGACUUUCCCCCUGCCUGUUGGGACCUUUGAGGUGAGCUGUGACAGGAGCUGCAUGGCCUUAGGCAGAGGGAAGUCUGCUGUGAGAGGUGAGAUGAGUUGGGGCUGGCAUCCAGGAGAAGGUGGCUUCCUCACUGGCUCCUGUGCUCAGCCUGAGCCCUGUGGGACUGGCCAUGUCCUGUGCUGCUGUGUGUUCCCUGUGCCCUGGUUGAGCUGCCAGAGGCUCUUGUACCUUGUGCUCUUCUUUUUUUAUUAUUAUUUUUAAAUUACAUAAUUUAUUGGGAAUCUGUUUGGUCCAAAUAAACCUUCAUUGUGCAAUGA